GGCCAGCAGAGGGCGGUCCGGACCCGAGUCUGCAGCGGCGCCAUUGGCGUGUGGAAAAUGCCACCAGAUGGCGGGUUAGGAUUGCGGCUCCGUUGAAGGCGCGGCCCCCCGUUCCCGAGCCCCCCGGCGACCACCCUGGAACCACCCCCCCACCACGGGAAUAACACACCGGAGACUUUGCGGGGGGGGUUGAGGACGAGGUCGACGGCCGGCAGCCGGCCCGGAUGGGCGGCUGAGUCGAUGUUGCCAAAUUGCUUGCCAGAAGUGCUCCACCAAGAACAUGUGAAAAUUCUUUCUCCUACAUACCUGCCAGCAGUAGGGUUAUUACUCUUUCAAAAGUUUGCCAGGCCAGUAAGGAUUGCCUUUGAAGUGGUUUUUAAAGUUUUGAAUUACACAGAAUUCGCUGCACUGUGGAACAACCUUUCCAGCAAUGAUUACUUCAGAGUUACCAGUGUUACAGGAUUCAACUAAUGAAACUACUGCCCAUUCUGAUGCUGGCAGCGAACUUGAAGAAACAGAGGUCAAAGGAAAAAGAAAAAGAGGUCGUCCUGGCCGGCCUCCGUCUACAAAUAAGAAACCUCGGAAAUCUCCAGGAGAGAAAAGCCGCAUUGAAGCUGGAGUUAGAGGAACAGGCCGUGGAAGAGCCAAUGGCCACCCCCAACAGAAUGGCGAAGGGGAGCCUGUUACGUUGUUUGAGGUGGUGAAGCUGGGGAAAAGUGCAAUGCAGUCUGUGGUGGACGACUGGAUUGAAUCAUAUAAACAAGACAGGGACAUCGCACUUCUGGAUUUAAUCAACUUUUUUAUCCAGUGUUCAGGAUGUCGAGGUACUGUGAGAAUAGAGAUGUUUCGAAAUAUGCAGAAUGCAGAAAUCAUCAGGAAAAUGACUGAAGAAUUUGAUGAGGACAGUGGUGAUUAUCCACUUACCAUGCCUGGACCUCAGUGGAAAAAAUUUCGUUCCAACUUUUGUGAAUUUAUUGGAGUCUUGAUUCGACAGUGUCAGUAUAGCAUAAUUUAUGAUGAGUAUAUGAUGGACACAGUCAUUUCCCUUCUGACUGGUUUGUCUGACUCCCAGGUCAGAGCUUUUAGGCACACAAGUACACUUGCUGCCAUGAAGCUCAUGACUGCUCUGGUGAACGUUGCCUUAAACCUCAGUAUUCAUCAGGAUAAUACCCAGAGACAGUACGAGGCUGAGAGAAAUAAAAUGAUUGGGAAGAGAGCCAAUGAAAGGUUGGAAUUACUACUUCAGAAACGCAAAGAGCUACAAGAGAAUCAGGAUGAAAUUGAAAAUAUGAUGAACUCUAUUUUUAAGGGUAUAUUUGUUCAUAGAUACCGUGAUGCAAUUGCUGAGAUCAGAGCCAUUUGUAUUGAAGAGAUUGGAGUGUGGAUGAAAAUGUAUAGUGACGCCUUCCUAAAUGACAGCUACCUGAAGUAUGUUGGCUGGACUCUGCACGACAGGCAAGGGGAAGUCAGGCUGAAGUGUUUGAAAGCUCUCCAGAGCCUAUAUACCAACAGAGAGUUAUUCCCCAAAUUGGAGCUAUUUACUAAUCGAUUCAAGGAUCGCAUUGUAUCAAUGACACUUGAUAAAGAAUAUGAUGUUGCUGUGGAAGCUAUUCGAUUGGUUACUCUGAUACUUCAUGGCAGUGAAGAAGCCCUUUCCAACGAAGACUGUGAAAACGUUUACCAUUUGGUGUAUUCGGCACAUCGCCCUGUCGCUGUGGCAGCUGGAGAGUUCCUUCACAAAAAGCUGUUUAGCAGGCAUGAUCCACAAGCAGAAGAAGCAUUAGCAAAGAGGAGAGGAAGGAACAGUCCAAAUGGGAACCUCAUUCGGAUGCUUGUUCUUUUUUUUCUUGAAAGUGAGUUACAUGAACAUGCAGCCUACUUAGUGGACAGCUUGUGGGAGAGUUCUCAAGAACUGUUGAAAGACUGGGAAUGUAUGACAGAGUUGCUACUAGAAGAACCUGUCCAGGGAGAGGAAGCAAUGUCUGACCGCCAAGAGAGUGCUCUUAUAGAGUUAAUGGUGUGUACAAUCCGCCAGGCUGCUGAGGCACAUCCUCCUGUGGGAAGAGGUACCGGCAAGAGAGUGCUAACUGCCAAAGAAAGAAAAACGCAAAUAGAUGACAGAAACAAACUAACUGAACAUUUUAUCAUCACACUUCCUAUGUUACUAUCAAAGUACUCUGCAGAUGCAGAAAAGGUAGCAAACUUGCUACAAAUUCCUCAAUACUUUGACCUAGAAAUCUACAGCACAGGCAGAAUGGAAAAGCAUCUGGACGCGUUGUUGAAGCAGAUUAAGUUUGUGGUAGAGAAGCACGUGGAGUCAGAUGUCCUCGAGGCCUGCAGUAAGACCUACAGCAUCCUGUGCAGUGAGGAGUACACCAUCCAGAACAGAGUGGACAUCGCUCGGAGCCAGUUGAUUGAUGAGUUUGUAGACCGAUUCAACCAUUCUGUGGAAGACUUGCUGCAAGAGGGUGAAGAAGCUGAUGAUGACGAUAUUUACAAUGUUCUUUCCACUCUAAAGCGGUUAACUUCUUUCCACAAUGCUCACGAUCUCACAAAAUGGGAUCUGUUUGGUAAUUGCUACAGAUUAUUGAAGACUGGAAUUGAACAUGGAGCUAUGCCAGAACAGAUAGUCGUACAGGCACUGCAAUGUUCCCAUUACUCGAUUCUUUGGCAGUUGGUGAAAAUUACUGAUGGUUCUCCUUCCAAAGAUGAUUUGUUGGUAUUGAGGAAAACAGUGAAAUCCUUUCUGGCUGUGUGCCAACAGUGCCUAUCUAAUGUUAAUACUCCAGUUAAAGAACAGGCUUUCAUGUUACUCUGUGAUCUUCUGAUGAUUUUUAGCCACCAGUUAAUGACGGGUGGCAGAGAGGGCCUCCAGCCCUUGGUGUUUAAUCCAGAUUCGGGCCUCCAGUCUGAGCUCCUCAGUUUUGUGAUGGAUCAUGUUUUCAUUGACCAGGAUGAAGAGAAUCAAAGCAUGGAGGGCGAUGAAGAAGACGAAGCUAACAAAAUUGAAGCCUUACAUAAAAGGAGGAACCUCCUGGCUGCCUUCAGCAAGCUCAUCAUUUACGACAUCGUGGACAUGCACGCGGCCGCGGACAUCUUCAAGCACUACAUGAAGUACUACAAUGACUAUGGUGAUAUCAUUAAGGAAACCCUUAGUAAAACCAGGCAGAUUGAUAAGAUCCAGUGUGCCAAGACCCUCAUCCUCAGUUUACAGCAGCUGUUUAACGAGCUGGUUCAGGAGCAAGGCCCUAACCUAGACCGGACAUCUGCGCAUGUCAGUGGCAUUAAGGAGCUGGCUCGACGCUUCGCGCUUACAUUUGGGCUGGACCAGAUCAAAACGCGAGAGGCCGUGGCCACCCUCCACAAGGAUGGCAUCGAGUUUGCCUUUAAAUACCAAAAUCAGAAAGGACAAGAGCAUCCGCCUCCCAAUCUGGCUUUCCUGGAAGUACUGAGCGAAUUCUCUUCUAAACUUCUUCGACAGGACAAAAAGACUGUACACUCGUACCUGGAGAAGUUCCUGACGGAGCAGAUGAUGGAGCGGCGGGAAGACGUGUGGCUGCCGCUCAUCUCCUACAGAAACUCGCUCGUCACUGGAGGCGAGGACGACAGGAUGUCUGUCAACAGCGGAAGCAGCAGCAGCAAGACGUCCUCGGUGAGGAGCAAGAAGGGCCGGCCCCCGCUGCACAAGAAGCGGGUGGAAGAUGAAAGCCUGGACAACACGUGGCUCAACAGGACGGACACCAUGAUUCAGACCCCCGGACCCCUGCCCACGCCGCAGCUCACGUCCACGGUGCUGCGGGAGAGCAGUCGGCCGGCCGGUGAGCAGAUCCAGGAGCCCGAGUCGGAGCACGGCGCAGAGCCAGACUUCCUGCACAACCCGCAGAUGCAGAUCUCCUGGCUAGGCCAGCCGAAGCUAGAAGACUUGAAUCGGAAGGACAGAACGGGAAUGAACUACAUGAAAGUGAGGGCCGGAGUGCGGCACGCCGUCCGCGGGCUGAUGGAGGAGGACGCAGAGCCCAUCUUCGAGGACGUCAUGAUGUCGUCGCGGAGCCAGCUGGAAGACAUGAACGAGGAGUUUGAGGACACCAUGGUUAUCGAUCUGCCCCCGUCGAGAAACCGGCGCGAGCGGGCUGAGCUGAGGCCAGACUUCUUCGACUCGGCAGCUAUCAUAGAGGACGACUCAGGAUUUGGAAUGCCUAUGUUCUGAACUCCGAAGAGAAACUUACAAACCCGGAACUCUAUUCUCUAGAGCUAGAGGCCUAUAUACUGUGAUAGCUUGUGUGGGGAGAGAACACUUCUGCUGGGACCUGGUUGGUUGCUUAACGCCGUGAUUGAAGGUCAGUCGGUUUUUGCAGUGGCGGCAGGGGAGAGGAUGCGGACGCGGCCCAAGGAGACGCGGCGACCUCACCUCAGAAAGGCCGGCGGGGCCGCCCCGGCCCCCCUCCCCGCCCACCCCCCCGCCAGACUGCUCCGUUGCAGAUGCGUGUUUUUCUGGAGGAAGGAAGAAAUUUUAAAUUUUUAAAAAACAGCUGUCAAGAUAAACACUGUUAUACACCUGUUUUAUGGAAACUCCACCUUGAGUAAAAAAAAAUAUUUUUAACUUUAUUUUCCUGUUGUACAAUUUAAAAACCGUUUAACAUUUUGCCUUUUUAUGUUUUAAGAGCUAACCAUUUUUAUUAAACCUAUGAGUACGCAGCUCCGCUAUGGCUGAAGAGUGUUUUUGGAGCUCACUGGGUUGGUUGCCCGUGUAGACACACACAACGUGAGCACGCCAAGGUGUAAAGGUGGACGUCGUGCGUCGCUGCCAAAACCACGCCCUCUGCCGCUACGGAUAGCACUUCCCCGAUUUUAUAUACUCUUGAAGAAAAAGGUUUAUUUUUAUUUAUAAAUGGGCACAAAGGAAGAAAUGCCCGUUGCAGCCAUUUUUUCCAGCAGAUGCUGAACACCGUCCACUUUAUAUACACUAGGAAGAAGUUUCCAGAACAGUGCAUUUUCUAUUGGCAUUUGUCCUGGGCAUUUUUAGCAACUUCUACCAGCAAAUAAAGGAUUCUCAGUAAAAAACAAAAAUGAUUCACCACUUGAGGCCCUGCCAAAUUCAACUUACAGACGUCUGUUUUCUCACCAAGAUAAUCAUGAAGAAUCCUUUGCCAUUUUAAGUGUUACCCAACUGUCUACUUCCGUGCACUCAACACCCUUCCGCGUACGUGUGUGAGUUCCGUUUCCUGAUGCUAGAAGUCUGUGCUUAGAGGGUGGCGUGCUUCGGCUGCCUUGACCCACAGCUGCCUCCGUGUUACGUGUGCGUGUGACCCAAGUUCUCUGGGGGAAGAGACGCGACCAAUCUUGAGGACGGGCUGCCGUGGCUUAGAGUUCAUAGUCUGCUUGGACUUUGACGACUUGCUGCUAUGUUUUUAAAAGCCCACUUGCUUCCUUUCUGGCUUUUCCCGAAAGCCUCGAAUCCAAACCAAUCCGUGCACAGCAGUUUCUGGGCUGGUUUUAAAGCCGGUGCAACAGAAUCCUGAGGCUUUUUUUUUUUCUUUUUCCCCCCUUUCUACCAAAUAUUCAAAAGCAUUUUUAAAAAAAUUCUGUGCAUCCAAUGAUACCUUUUUUUGCGUGGGGGAGAGCAAAAUGGAUUUUACUCAUCCUUUUUAGUAGCCAGACAUGAAACAGAUUUUUCUCGACAUUUGUAUAGUUAUAAAAAAAAAAAAAAAAAAUCAAAAAAAAAAAAUCUUGGCCACCAAAAAUGUUUCUGUGAGAAUUCAGCAGUUCUGGGCUGCAGGAAGGCAGCAGGGCCGGACGCUUGCCGGCCGGCGCUCACCUACCAAGGAGCCGUGCGGAGCCCGCACGCACACAGCCCGGCCCAUGGCCUGGCCGCCGCCUGUCUCGCUCACCUGGAGCCGCACCACCGGGCAACAGCAACUCCAAUGGGUUUCCAGUUCAGUUUGAAGUCAAUCAAACUUUUGUAUUAUCAGUGUCUCCUUGAUUGGUUUUGCUAGUAAUUCUGUAAAUUGUACAUUUGCAAUAUGAGGUUUUUUUCCUUUUGUACAAUUUGAAACUGAUGCUUCACCUUUCCUUUAAUAAACUAUUGAAAAUCAG